UUCCCUUUUUUCCCUUCUUUCUUUUCCUGACGUCAAGUCCCGGGGUCCCAUCUACUUCAUUUGAUGCUCUAUGCCGCAAGCGGAAAGUCCUUGACACACACAACAUCUACCUACCACACCCGAAGCCCCCAAGUCCAAGUGCACAAGUGCACAAACUACGCGCAGCGCAGGGACCGCUACCAUGGAUUCCAGCGCCGUGGACAACGACACGCGGGGCUGGAUUCUGUCCAUCUUCAGCGGCCUAGCCUGCAUCCUCGGCGCCUCCGUCGUUUGCAUCGACUUGCCCAUCCGCCUCAUUCCGAGCAAGCGCCACUUCCGCAUCCAAGAGAGCAAUGCUUUCCUCGCCUCCUCCCUCAGCCUGAGCUUUGGCGUCAUGCUCUUUUCCGCCCUCUAUAGCAUGCUGCCCUCUGCCAUGCGUUACCUUGCUAAGGACGACUGGGAUGAGCACACGGCUGGCUUCUUGAUGAUGGGCUGCUUCAUCGGCGGCUUCAUCGGCAUCCAGCUCGUAUCGCGGAUAUUGCAUCAGUACAUGCCCUCGCAUGUCGUCGACUGCGACCACACCCAUGAAAACCUCGCUGACGAGGAGCUCGGCCAGGGCAACCAUCAUCAUCAUCAGCAUCAUCAUCAUCAUCAGUCUCUGUCCAAAGUGUCUUCCCAUCAAGCGGGCGACGAUGCCCCUCACAUGGUUGAGAUGACCGAUGCCGUCACCGAGUCCACGCCUUUGAUCCCCCCCGUUUCCCAAGCGCCGAUCAACGGCCACAUCCACACCGAAGUUCUGGACGGCGACGCGGCGCCGGCAGCCGAGGCCGUCACUCACUUCGAUGGCUCCCAGCGCCGGGCCCUCACCCAGAUCCGACCGCCCUUGGCCGAUGUCCGGACCCGAGUCAUGUCCUUCUUCAAAGACACCAAGGCCAACUGCGACGAGGACGGGCCUUGUUAUGGCUAUUCGGAUCCCUGCGGGCAGGAGUGCUUCAAACACAUCGGCACGCGCUCUGCCCUCUCUCGGACUGCCACAUCGCUCACCGAGAACGGGGACAGCGGACUGGAAAGUGCCGUCUCGACCCCGCGCUACCGCAUCGUCCGCACGCCUUCCCACCCCCACGACGGCGAUCACCACCAUUAUCACCACAACGCGCACGUCCACACCCACUCCCACGACGGCGACCUGGAAUGCCCCGAAGACACGGAAGCCCAGCAUCACCAUCAUGUGCCGACCAACGCCUUCCUCUCGAUCGGUCUGCAGACCGUCAUCGCCAUCGCCCUGCACAAGUUCCCCGAGGGCUUCAUCACCUACGCCACCAAUCACGCCAGCCCCUCUCUCGGCUUCAGCGUCUUCAUGGCCCUCUUCGUCCACAACAUUGCCGAGGGCUUCGCCAUGGCCCUGCCCCUGUAUAUGGCCCUGGGAAGCCGCGUCAAAGCCAUCUUCUGGUCCUCCCUUCUCGGCGGCUUCAGCCAGCCGCUCGGCGCCACCGUCGCCUUCGCCUGGUUCAAGCUGGCCAAGAAUACGAAUCUAGACAUUGACAGCACCGCCUACGCCUGUCUCUUCGCCGUCACGGCCGGAAUCAUGGUCAGCGUGGCGCUGCAGCUGUUCGUGGAGAGUCUGAGUCUGAACCACAACAGGAACCUGAGCAUCUUCUUUGCCUUUCUGGGAAUGACAUUGCUGGGGGUUAGUAAUGCGCUCGUUUCUCAUUAAACGGAGCAAUAUUGCUCCGACGGCACUGUACUUUUCUUCUCUUUGGCGUUGGAAGGUCGGGUUACAAUCAUGGGAUAGCAGGGUAAACGGAUUCUAAACCCCCCCCGGGGUUCAUGCAUGGCGUCCAAGAUGGGUUAUUUUGGGAUGGAUGGUUUUGUGGUCGGACUGGCGUACUACCCUGUUAUGUAUAUGUACAUUGAUUAUUCCUUGGGCUUUUGUCGGCUUAGAGAGAGGUAUGACAGAGCGCAUAGAGGGUCAAUGUUCUCCAUUCUGAAAUUCCUCCAGCGACUCUUUUACACACCUUGCAAGUUCUCCCAACAUGAAUUUGUCGUUAGCCUCAUCCACGUCGCGUAGCCUUUUCCUGUGGCG